AUGAAGCUGUCAGCUUCGUUUGCCAGCCUCGCGGCGAUGCUGGCCGUCGCCGCCACGGCCGUCACCGCGUUCCCCGAGUACGCCAAGCGCGCCGCGCCCGGCGGCGACUCCGACUUCUUCCAGGGCGGACGCCUCAAGGAGAGCCAGGCGUUCAACAACGCCUCGCAGAUGCCCUUCUACACCACCGAGAACGGCGCCCCUUACUUCCAGCCGCACGGCGCCCAGCGCGCCGGCCCCAACGGCCCGCUCCUCCUCCAGGACACGCACCUCCUCGACACACUCGCCCACUUUGUCCGCGAGCGCAUCCCCGAGCGCAUCGUCCACGCCCGCGCCUCGGGCGCCCACGGCGUGUUUGAGGUCACCACCGACGCCGCCUCCAAGUACUCGAUGGCAGACGUCUUCAAGAAGGGCACAAAGAGCUCCGUCACCAUGCGCAUCUCGACCGUCGGCGGCGGGCGCGGCUCCGCCGACACCGCCCGCGACCCCCGAGGCGUGGCCAUCAAGAUCCGUACCAAGUCUGGCAUCCUUGACUGGGUAUUCAAUAACACUCCUGUCUUCUUCAUUCGGGAUCCUCUGAAGUUCCCGACGUUUAUCCACACCCAGAAGACGGACCCGGCCACCAACACGCGCCGGUGGGACGACUUCUUCGCCUGGCCGGGCCAGUUCCCCGAGAGCCUGCUGCAGUUCCUGCGCCUGUUCAGCGACCUCGGCACCCCCAAGGGCGUGCGUGGUAUGGACGCGUGGUCCGGCCACACCUACCGCCUGGUGCAGUCGGACGGCUCCUGGGUCUACGCCAAGGUCAAGCUGACCUCGAACCAGGGCAUCCACAACUUCACCGCCGCCGAGGCCGCCGCCGUCGCCGGUCAGAACGACGCGUGGGCCACCCAGGACCUGUACGACGCCAUCGAGAACGGCAACUACCCCUCGUGGACCGUCGGCAUCGCCGUCAAGACGGCCGAGGAGGCCGCAAAGUACCGCUACGACGUCCUCGACCUCACCAAGGACUGGCCCGACGCAAAGUACGAAGAGGUCGGCAAGAUCACCCUCAACCAGAACCCGCAAAACUACUUUGCCGAGAUCGAGCAGGCCCACUUCUCGCCGUCGAACAUGGUCGAGGGCUGGGCGGCUUCGGCCGACCCGGUGCUGCAGUCGCGCCUCUUUUCGUACAACGACGCUGGACGACACCGCCUCGGACCCAACUACCUCGACAUCCCCGUCAACUGCCCGCUCUCGUCGGUCGCCAACUUUGACCGCGACGGCGUGAGCUCGGUGCACGGCAACCAGGGCCACCGACCCAACUACCCCUCGAUCCUGGACAAGCUCAAGGUGCUCGACCGUCCCAAGACGGUCAUCGAGGACAAGCUCGAGGGCUCGACGGUGCACUACGAGUCCAAGAUCAACCCGGACAUUGACUACGAGCAGCCCCGUCAGUUCUACGAGCAGCAGCUCACCCAGAGCGACCGCGACAACCUGCACAGCAACUUUGCCGGCGCCAUGGCCAACGUCAAGGCGUCGAUCAUCAUCGACAACCUCAUGGCCCAGUUCCAGAAGAUCUCGCCCAAGCUCGCCGCCGGCGUCCAGGCCGAGCUGCAAAAGGCAAAGGCAAAGGGCAGCGCCGUCCCCACCCCCGGUGCCAACUUCCAGGACUCGACCGCCGACGACUCUUACACCAAGGCCGCUGCACAGCCCGCGACCAAGGAUGCCUCGACCAAGGACGCUUCGACCGAAGAUGCCUCGGCCAAGGAUGCCUCGACCUGGCACGCCUCCACCAAGGACGCCGAGCCCGCUCAUGCGCAGACCAACGGCUCGGCCGGCAAGACCGAGCAGGGCAGCACUGCCAACCAGCCGACCGAACAGGCUCAGCCCGGGUCCAAGGUCGGCCUCAGCGCCGUCCGCCCCGGAUCCAACGACCAGGGCGCCAAGGAGCAGCAGCCUGCCGGCGCCGCCCCCGCCAAGCGUCAGCUCAAGAAGCGUGUCCUCUACCAGCGCCGCUGA